GCAGCAGCCCGUUCUGCAGCUGCUACAUGCUGUAGAAGGCGCUAUUCCUCCUCCCCCACCUCCUUUCCUGUGCUGAUUGGCGUGGGCAGAUGGGUUUCCUUGCACAGACCGGAGGCAGCAGGGCACGGACACUCAGCAGAUCACAGCUCACCCACCAGAGACCGGGACGCACGGACCCCACGCUCGUCUCCCGCAGGUAGACCCCGGAAAACCCUUUGUUAUCUGCAGAACUGACCUGGGUGAAGGUGGAUUCUUCCAUUAGCAUGGCAUAGCCAUGUUAUCCAGGAAGGGGUUAAUUCCUGAGGAGUACGUGCUGACCACCCGCUUAGCGGAGGACAUCAGCGAGCCCAGGUACCAAGCCAAGGAGAGGAGGGCGAGGUUCGUGUCCAAGAAUGGCACCUGUAAUGUGGCCCACAAGAACAUCAGGGAACAAGGUCGCUUCCUCCUGGAUGUCUUCACCACCGUGGUCGAUCUCAAAUGGCAUUAUACCCUUCUCAUCUUCACCAUGUCCUUCCUCUGCACCUGGCUGCUCUUUGGCAUGAUUUGGUGGCUGAUAGCCUUUGGCCAUGGAGAUCUGGACAAAACGGAGGAAGGGUUCGUCCCAUGCGUGACCAGCGUCCAGUCGUUCACAGCAGCCUUUCUCUUCUCCAUCGAAGUCCAGGUAACCAUUGGGUUUGGUGGGAGGAUGAUCACCGAAGAGUGUCCUGUAGCCAUACUGGUUCUCAUUGUCCAAAACAUUGUGGGGUUGGUCAUUAAUGCCAUCAUGCUGGGAUGUAUCUUCAUGAAGACCGCGCAAGCCCACCGCAGAGCUGAGACCCUAAUUUUCAGCAAGCAUGGUGUGAUAGCCCUCAGGAAUGGUAGCCUCUGCUUCAUGUUCAGAGUUGGAGACCUGAGGAAGAGCAUGAUCAUCAGUGCUUCCAUCCGCAUGCAGGUGGUUAGGAAGUCCAGCAGUCUGGAAGGAGAGGUCUUACCCCUCAAUCAGAUUGAUAUCCAGACGGAGAACCCGGUGAGCACCAACGGGAUCUUCUUAGUGUCCCCACUCAUUAUAUGCCACACAAUCAAUAAAGACAGUCCUCUCUAUGAUAUAUCACCCAGCGAUCUCAACCACCAGGAGGACCUGGAGAUCAUUGUCAUUUUGGAAGGAGUGGUGGAAACUACAGGUAUCACAACCCAAGCGAGGACUUCUUACCUUGCCGACGAGAUACUUUGGGGUCAUAGGUUUGUCCCCACAGUAGCCGAAGAAGAUGGCCGCUACUCGGUUGACUACUCAAAAUUCGGAAACACUGUAAAAGUGCCUACUCCUAAUUGUACAGCCAGGCAACUGGACGAGAACCGGAGUACUAUGGACCCAAAAUCCUUUUCCCCGAGGAGUACAAUCCGGAAGAGGAAUGUGUCAAUGAGGGUUAAACCAAAAUUCACCUUGUUUGAUGAGCCCUCCUGACCCAAGGACACAGCGGACCCUUUUUAAUUCCGUGCCACUAGGCGUCCAGGUGGCCACGAGGAAUAUUAUAUGCAGUUCUGGCACACCUCUGUUCAUGCAGGGCUGGAGCCAAUGAAAAAUGUAUGCAUUGUUUCAGAGAUAUUGAGGUGCACUUAAAGCUGUAAUUGUUAGGAUGUUUUUUUUAAAUAACUUUGAUCUUGUAACCACCGAGGCGUCCGAAUUUAGAUAAUGUUGCUGUGUUUGAAAUCACGUUUCUAUAGAUAUUUUUUUGUUUUAAAUUGUACUGUUUUUCCCCCGACGAUACACUUUCCUACUACUUUUAUUUAUUUUUUAAUUCAUUUUAUUUGUUUUUUUUGUUUGUUUUUGAUUUUGCAAUAAUUGUAUCCGUCGGAGGAAUUCUUGCAAUGUUGCAUGUUUGUGAAAAUUGACUCAAUUAACCACAGUGUAAAGCAGGGUGGAGAGAGGGGGGGGGGACUAGCAGGUUUCAAACAUAUGGCGUGGAGAUAAAUUUAGAAAGGGUUACCUAAUGUCUUAAAGAAAACACCACUAGCACAGCCUUGUUUGGCCGUAGACCCCGCAUGGGCUUUUUUUUCUACUUUUUAAGAUAUUUAUAUAAAGAAUAAAUUGCACUGAAUUAAAAGGUGACCUCAGAAAUUCAAGAAAAAAAAAUAUUUUGUUGU